GUGUUCCUUUCCGUUUCGAGCAGGCUGAAAGCUUGGUCUGAUUUGUUUUAAUCUCUGCUGCCAGGGGCCUUAGGGAAUUGCCAGCGAUCUACGACGUGGCGACAUGAAUGCAGUGACUUAUGAGGACGUGCAUGUGAACUUCACUCAAGAGGAGUGGGCUCUGCUGGAUCCUUCCCAGAAGAAGCUCUACAAAGAUGUCAUGGUGGAGACCUACAGGAACCUCAAUGCUAUAGGCUUUAAUUGGGAAGCCCAUAAUAUCGAAGAAUAUUGUCAAAGUUCUAGAAGACACAGAAGGUGUGAAAGGAGUCAGAGUGCAGAGAAACCCUCUGAAUAUACUCAAUGUGGUAAAGCCUUUGCUUUACAUGCUCACAGUCAUGCCCAAAGGCAUGAAAGGAUUCAUACAGAAAAGAUCACCUCUGAAGUUAUUCACUGUGUCGAGGACUUUUUACCUUACACAAGUCUCCAAGUACAUAAAAGAACACAAACUGGACAGAAACCCUAUGAAUGUAAUCAGUGUGGUAAAGGAUUUAGAAUGCCUAGUUGUCUUAAAAGGCAUGAAAGAAUUCAUACUGGAGAGAAACCGUAUGAAUGUAAUCAGUGUGGUAAAGGAUUUAUAACACCCAGUCAUCUUAAAAGGCAUGAAAGAAUUCAUACUGGAGAGAAACCCUACAAAUGUAAUCAGUGUGAUAAAGCCUUUUCCCAAUACGUUCAUCUCCAAAUUCAUAGAAGCACACAUACUGGAGAGAAACCCUUCAAAUGUGAUGAAUGUGAUAAAGCCUUUUCAAAACACUUUCACCUCCAAAAUCAUAAAAGAACACAUACUGGAGAGAAGCCUUACAAAUGUAAUCAAUGUAACAAAGCCUUUUCACAACACACUAAUCUUCACAUUCAUAGAAGAACACAUACAGGAGAGAAACCCUUCAAAUGUAAUGAAUGUGAUAAAGUCUUUUCCCAAUUUGGUCAUCUCCAAAUUCAUAUAAAAACACAUACUGGAGAUAAACCCUACAAAUGUAAUCAAUGUAAUAAAGCCUUCUACCAGAAACGUAGUCUCCAAACACAUAUAAGAAUACAUACUGGAGAAAAACCCUACAAAUGUAAUCAAUGUGAUAAAGCCUUUUCCCAAUACGGUCAUCUCUAUAUUCAUAGAAGAAUACAUACUGGAUAGAAACCCUUCAAAUGUAUUGAAUGUGAUAAACCAUUUUCAAAACAAUUUUGCUUCCAAAAUCAUAAAAGAACACAUACUGGAGAGAAGCCAUACAAAUGUAAUCAAUGUGACAGCCUUUUCACAACACAGUUAUCUUCAAAUUCAUAGAAGAAGACAUACAGGAGAGAAACCCUUCAAAUGUAAUCAAUGUGAUAAAGCCUUUUCCCAACACAGUAAUCUCCACAUUCAUAGAAGAACACAUACGGGAGAGAAGCCUUACAAAUGUACUCAAAGUGACAAAGCCUUUCACAACACAGUUAUCUUCAAAUUCAUAGAAGAAGACAUACAGGAGUUAAACCCUACAAAUGGAAUCAGUGUGACAAAGCCUUUUCCCAACCUUGUAACCUCCAAUCCGUUGAAGAAUUUAUACUGGAGUGAAAUCUUGCAAAUGAAAUGAAUGUGACAAAGCCUUUCCCCAUCAUUAUAAUCUACAAAUUCAUAAAGGACAUACUAGAGAGAAACCUUACAAGUGUAAUCAGUGUGUGAAAGUCUUCAAAACAUGGUCAUCUUCAAAAGAAUAAAAGAAUACAUACUGGAGGGAAAAGCUACGAAGGAAAUGGAUGUGAGCAACCUUUUUACAACACCAUCAUUUCUGAAUGUAUAAGUGAACAUACUGAAGAGAAAGACUAUGAAUGUGAUCAUAGUCUAAAUCGUCAUGAACACAUUUGUAGGGGCCAGAAUCCUGAGUAUAAGCAAUGUGGAAAAAUCUAUGCUGUGCAAAGUUAUCUCCUAAUGCAGGAAGGAGCACAUACAGGAGAGAGAGAGAGAGACACAGAGAGAGAGAGAAUGAAUAAAUAUACACAAUGUGGUAAACCUUUGCAUAUCACAGUUAUCUUUGAAUACAUAAAAGAGCACAUAAUAUAUCUCAGAAUACUUAGAAGAAGACACUGGAGAGAGAAACUCUGUAUGAGUAAUGUGGUAAGGCCUCUGCAGUUGACAUUUAUCUCAUAAUGUAUAAAUUAACACAGACAUAGCAGGGCGUGGUGGUGCACUCCUUUAAACCCAGCACUCGGGAUGCAGAGGCAGGCGGAUUUCUGAGUUCGAGGCCAGCCUGGUCUAAAAAGUGAGUUCAAAAAAAAAGGGGGGGGGGCUGGUGAGAUGGCUCAGUGGGUAAGAGCACCCGACUGCUCUUCCAAAGGUCUGGAGAUCAAAUCCCAGCAACCACAUGGUGGCUCACAACCAUCUGUAACUAGAUCUGACGCCCUCUUCUGGAGUGUCUGAAGGCAGCUACAGUGUACUUACAUAUAAUAAAUAAAUAAUAAUAAUUA